AUGUCUGCAAUCCCAGGUAGAGCGACAUCUCGCUCUCACCCCUCACCUAUCAAAACCGUGGUGGUCUACAGGAACGGUGAUGCGUUUUUCCCCGGAAGGAGGUUUGUGAUCAAUCCACGCCAAGUGUCAUCUUUCGAUAGCUUUCUGAACACCGUUACUGGAGGAGUGGAGGCACCAUUCGGAGCUGUGCGGAAUGUUUACACACCUAGGGAGGGACACCGGAUUCAGAGUUUGGAGACUUUGCAGCAUGGAGAGAUAUAUGUUGCUGGUGGGACAGAGCGCUUCAAAAAAAUAAAUUACUUUCACAUCACUUUGAAGAAGCCCCAAAGAAAGAAGAGUGAUGUGAUAAAACCAGUGGUCCAUAGCAGAAUAAUCGUGCCUGCACGGUGGAGGAAGUUUCUCCAUGAGUCAUGCACUAUCAAUGUUUUUACCAAUGGAGAUGUCUUGGUUCCUCCAGCUCGGAUACUUAUACCAAAGUAUACUCUAAGGAGCUGGGAGAGAGUACUGGCCAUGGUGACGGAGAAAGUGCACCUUCGCACUGGUGCUGUGCAUAGAUUGUACACAUUAGAUGGGACACCAUUAUCCGGCUCAGUGGAGCUAGAGAACAACCACUACUACGUAGCGACAGGAGUGGAGAGGUUCAGGCUCCUACCAUACUCACACUGGGUACCCAGGAAAGGACUCAUCCAAGACAUCGGCCUAGGUGAUGAGGAAGGGAAAGCAACACACAAGAGAACUGAGGACAGUGUGUUCAAAGCCAAAUCAAGGAGGAGGGAGACGGUCGGGGUGGCAGAGAUACAAGAGGAUGGACAACUAACAGUGGACCUGCCAAUCGACCAGGUGGUGGCCAAGGUGGUGGAGGAGCAGUGUGAUGUCAUCAUGGCGUUGUCUCCUCAGCAAGACAGUGGUGGAGGUGAAACGUUCUGCUCUAUAGUACCGAAGUCAGCCAGCUCCAAGAAGGCCUCGGCCAGACUGACCAGUGCCUUCCCUGAGCAGCCAGCACCCCAGGCCGGGCCCCCAGAAACGGGUCGAGACACCCGAACCCUCACCCACUCCCCCGUAGGGACCAGCCCCACCACACCUACCAGAGACACAGAGCCCCUACAGACACAUGGCAAGACUGAGCCACAGAAUGUAAAGAAAGCCCCCAAGGUGGCGACGAGAGCAGAAGACACAAGACGUCAGUAG